AUGUCCCCGCAUGGCAAAGACGACUCUUGGAGAUCUACGCUCCACCAAGGUGUGCAUCGCCUUCGUAAAGAACUGGAGCACUUGCAGCUGCCACUCUACAAGACUGCAAAUGGUGAGACCGUGGCAUGGGACAGGUCUCCGGCAGGGACCGAGGCAUCGCUUUGUCGCUUCUUGACGGCGCGGAAGGGCGAUGUCCAAGCGGCAAAGAAGAUGUUCGCGGACCAUUUGGCAUGGAGGCAAAGGACCUUUCCGAUCCCGCGGGAAGGAUUGACCGCCCAACUUCUUGAUGAAGAUCUGCGAUUCCGCCGCUUGCGAGAAGACAGCGAUGGUUGUCCCGUACUUCUCGUCAACUUCUUGUUUGGUGGCUUUGCCACUGAGGCGGUGUCUGAAGCCGCCCUGGUACUGGCUUCUCUCAGAUUUUUCGAGGACAGCAUCGAUUCGAUGGAGCAGCGAGGUGUGCAUCAAAUAUGUGCUUUGGUGUUCGGCUCCCCCCCUCCUGUGGCAUGGGCGCAUGUGAUGGUUUCAGCUUUUCAAAACAACUAUCCGGAGCGGCUGAAAGUCGCCAUCGUGUAUCCCGUGCCUGCAUCCUUCGUCUCUCUGGUGCGCCAGAUUAUGUGGUUUGUCGAUGAGAAUACUCGGUCGAAGGUGGACAUGGAGACAGAUGAACAGCCCUUGCUGAACAGAUUCGGCUACCGUCCCGAUGACCUUCCUUUGGAGAUCCGGGGUGGGUAUCGUGGCGUGGGAGAACGUUGGAAGCCUGAUGCUGGCAAGCUUUUGAGGAUGGCUUACGCCUUCCUGUGGCCACAUGGCCGCCAAGUUGCAGAGCUCGAGGCUGCCAUUCACCAAGCCGCACGGGCAGCAGACCCUGAAAAUGGUCUGAAGGCCUUUCCAGUUCGUGAUGAGCCUGUUUGGCCGUCUUGGCUUACAUCGUGCUGCUUUCAGAGACCUUCAUACGCACCGGAAGACUUCGCACCAACUGCAGAGCUGUUUCAUGAUGCCGAAAGCUCCGAAGUCAAGGGCAACGGUACAAAACCAACACUGGCGAUGAAUAAAGUUGGUGCCGAGACACAUGAAGGAUGUCUCUCGGUCGUCCUGUACACAAGCGCCAUGCUGCUAUUGCUUUUCUGUCUGCUCUGGUUAUUUGCCCGCGGCAACGACAUGCUGUUCGCAGUCGAACUGUGA